AACAUAUGAAGGUACCUUAUGUUCUGGUAGGACGUGUCUAUCCACAGCAGUCCAUGCUGCCAAUCGCUUCGCCUCCUCGAUCACAGUAGCGGCAACAGUAGGAACGGCCGGGGUUGUAGGGGGUCUUUCGGACAAAGAUGGUCUAGCAGGGUAUUGGUCUGGGAGUAUUCUUCAGGUCCAAACACGUCAGUCACCAGACGAGCAUGGAAAUAAUUCAGCAGGAAUUUCUUGCAAAUGGCGCCGCAGACGCCAUGGGUAUGAGAACGCACGAUGAAUCACGCGUGAGGACUAUAGGGGGAAUAGGCAUAGUGUUUCUAGUUGAUAUCAAUCGUCUGGUAUAUAAACGAGAGUGGAGUGUUUGUUGAAAGCGAUAUGAAGGUAGAAGACAACGCGAGAGCGGAAGAUGUCGAUGAUAAGUGAGCAGCCGAACGUACUACAAUUUCAGGAGAUUUAGGAGCCUUUUGAGACGGCAUCGUGGUUGUGGAAGUUGUCUAAGAAGUCGAGUGAGGAUGAAGGCCAUCAGAGGUAUCCUUCUGACAUGUGACUCUGCAGUGAAGCAGAUUCUUCUUACAAUGAAUGAGAAGUCUAGCUUCAUCAUCGAGGACUUGGAUGAUUACCAUGUAGUUAUCAAAGCAGACGAGGAAUGGCGAGUUAGACAGGAGCUGGAUGCUGAGCUGGAAAAGAACACGUAUAGUUUGGAAUGAGUCCACUCUACUGUAAUCAUACCGUUCGUUCUAGUUUGAAAAUAAGAGGAUUUGGUGACAUC